GUCAACUAUCCAUUUUAUGAAUGUGUCGCAUCGUUCUGAGUACAUCGAAAGAACAUUCAACACUACCAACACAAGUGAAAUGAAUCAGCUAUGCAAUAUUUUGCGUGCUACAAUCAUCGUUCCGUUUUCUGCUGGUUUGAUAAAGGAACGACGGAAUGGAGGAUUUUCGAUACAUGACGGCAGUAUUGCAGGGAUAGUUUUACUGACCACAGCUAUGAUCAUCAUAUUUGAAACAAUAGUUGUACUACCAGUGCAUCAGUCUAGAUUGUUGAUGAUAGGACUUGCAGGUCUGGCGUUGAUCUGUCUAGUGAUGUGCAGUGUUGCAGCUCGGUGCCGUUCUAAUUGGGUCGAAAUAAAAACUGUAAAACCUAGCGAUCAAAUGAAACUGAAGUUUCUGUGGUUGUUUUGUAUCGGGAAUAUUAUAUAUCAAGCAAUGCAACUAGCUAUGCAUCUCGUUUGCAAGAUAUACGACUUCCAAGUCACACUAUUUUGGGCGUUCACCUGGGCAUUUCAGUUAUUCCAAACCGUUUUCAUUCACUAUUUUUCUAGAUAUGAAUUUGCCAAUGUUUUGUGUUUGUAUUACGGUUUAUUGGUGUUAUUUGUGACAAAUAUUUCAAUGUGGUCACAACAAACUUUCUAUACAUACAGAAUUAGUCAUGAUAUAAAUAUUAGCUAUCUCAUCAAUAGCACGGUCUCAAACUGUUUAUACGAUGAUGGACUUUCUGAGGCAGUAGUAUAUUUGACUCCGUAUCUGCAACCAGUAUUACUAGAAUACUCUCUUCUAAGUUUGAUAUUUCUUUCCGAAAUGUGGCCAAAAAAGAAGGUUGAACUUGAAAAACUCAACAUUUAUCUUGCAAGAGAUGCAGAUGAUGAAAAUCACACAUUAUUGGUACAAAAUGAAGACCUUGACAGUGAACAACAUCCACUUCUGCCGCGCUGUAGUGUCUGGCAUAAAAAUUCAGUACGUGUCCUGGUAAUAGGUUUAUUGCAUAACUUUUCAUUUCUGCUAUUACAAUGUAUUUACAUUUAUGGACCGCGGGAAAAAAUGACAGAUUACAGGACAUAUUCUAACAUUCUCUUCUUUUGUGCUAACUUUGUUCGAACGCCACUUAUAAUCAAGUGUUUCUAUGCAUUGAACGGACAAAUAUGGCCAAAACAGGAAACUAAUAGUGGGAUGAGCCUAGAUCAGUUUGUUAUAAUAACAAGUUCUUUUGCAACUUGUGGAUAUUAUAUUUCAGAUUGUUACAGUGUUGUAUAUCCAAAUUCAAAACCAUUAGAAGUCCUGUUUCGAAUCAAUGCUGUCCUCCGUAUUUUUGCAACACUAUUUCAAACUUUAUUCAUUUUGCAAAUGAAACACUACAAAAAGAUAGGAAACCAAAAGCCUUUUUGUUCAGUUCAAAAUACUUUUUUGUUUGUGUCCUUGGUAAAUCUUGGAAUAUGGAUGUCCUACACGUUUGUUAAUCCCAGAUACCGUUUGAUACAAUCUAGUUUUGUAUUGGAAAGUUUUUGGUUUCCAUUUGUAAUUUUCUAUCAUUUUGAAUGUUUCGUCGCAUUUUACAAGUUUUUUCGAGCGUAAAGGAAAUUUCGUAUGAAUUUUUAAUGACAACAAUCGUACAUGAAUUGAACAUUUCAUUGUCGUUAUUAUAUUACCAAAUUCUAUGUUAAUUAUAAAAUUGUAUAAGCAUUCGUUUCGUAGUUUUUCUUUACAGUUAAAAGGACACAAUGCAAUUAAUCUGUAAAUAUAAUACAAAGAGCAUUACAAUAAGUAAGGAUGUCACAUGAAAUGUCAUUAUGACUUCGUAUAACAUAUACGUUCUGGAUUUUUAUAUUAAUAUUUUCAAUUUCAUUACGUUCCUACCAACAAAAUGAGCACAAAGAAACUAUAACUAGAUGAAUUUCAAGGGUUUGUCUAUAGUAACAUGCUUACUUCGUUUCAUUGGUACUUGCGCUCGAUAGUAACACUUUUUAACGUAUAACCCUAUUUUUAUCGUCUUUUUACCUUAAAAUUACGGAAAUGAUUGAAGCAGUUUAAUUAAAAUGACAUUUUUUGGCACAUAUCGGUGAUUUAUUUUCUGCAUUGAUAUCGAUUUUUGGCUCAAAUAUGAAACUCUGAAAAAUCACCUCUUUGUGGUUUUUAUAU